AUGCCAUUUUCUUUGGACUCACAUCUUCGCUUCUGGAACUUCUCCUUUACAAACGGUGGCCUUCGGACACUCAAAGACACAUCAAGACUCUUCUGCACCCUGUGGUUGUCACUGUGUCUUCUUGCUGAGUGCGAAGGCAUCGGACAGGAAAAAAAGGAAAACCCUGAAAAAUACAGAACCAAAGUGACUUUUGAUCCCAACACAGCGUAUCCGGGGCUCGCUGUGUCCCCAGACAGGACCUAUGUGGAAUCGCGAGGUACACACCCAAAUGUGCCGGACGAACCUGAACGAUUCAGCAGCACCCCUGCGUUGUUGGGCCUCCCUAGGUUUACGUCUGGGAAGCAUUACUGGGAGGUGAAGUAUGGGGACCAGAGGGAGUGGGCGGUGGGGGUGGCCCUUGAGAGCGCGAACAGGAAGGGCGCUGUCAGUCUUGCUGAAGGUGACGGGAUUUGGCAAGUGGGCCGCUGGUGGCUGUAUCGGUCACUGGAGACUGGUUCCCGCACUGGUUCCCCUGGGGUCAUUGGGGUAUUUCUGGAGUACGACGCAGGCAGAAUAACCUUUUACAUGGACGGGAAAGUGAUUGAGAAAAGAGCCUCUUUCAAUGGGAAGAAAGUGGUUCCUUUCUUUUAUGUGGGUGGAGCAGUUAGUCUCAAAUUAAUAUAG